AACAUACUACAAUUACUUUGCACUAGCAACACAACGCUCUGACUGAGCUCAUAGCGUUUGCACCUGCCCAUCUUAACUAGUUGAUCACCGCAGCAAUGGCCUCCACAAACAGCUGGACCCACGAGAUCGAGUCGUUGGUCGCGGCACCGCGCCUGUUCCGUGCCGGCGUCAUGGACUGGCACAUUCUGGCACCCAAGCUCGCGCCCCACAUCGUCGCCAGCGCCCACCCCGUUGAGGGCGAAGGCGGCAUCGGCAGCGUCAGGCAGUUCAACUUUACCUCAGCCAUGCCCUUUACCCUCAUGAAGGAGAGGCUCGAGUUCCUGGACGAGGAGAAGUGCGAGUGCAAGUCGACCCUCAUCGAGGGCGGUGGCAUCGGCACGGCCAUCGAGACUGCAAUGUCGCACAUCAAGGUGGAGCCGGCGGCCAAUGGAGGGAGCUUGGUGAAGGUGGACUCGACGUACAAGCUGCUGCCAGGCGUGGAGGUGAAUGACGAAAUCACCAAGGCCAAGGAAUCCGUCACCGCCAUCUUUAAGGCCGCUGAGGCCUACCUCAUCGCCAACCCCGAUGCCUACAACUGAAUCAGAUGAGAGGGAUCAUAUAUGAUUAUGAUGUCCCAAGUUUGAUUUUUGUGUGCUUUCUUCCGGAUCUAAUAAAGCUGCUACAAUCUCUAAGCUAUAGUAGUGACGCCGAGCGCGAGAGCACCGGGCAGAGUGUGGACGUGAGAAGUUUAGAAGUUAGUAUUUGUGACACGAAAGGGGCCUGUUGUUUGAUGAUGUUGGUGCUUGCUUAUGUGAAAUACCUAAACACUCUUAUUUUCUUAUAUAUUUGGAAUUGGAAAA